AUGACGGCCAACAGUAACAAUGAGUUUGGGAGGAGACUCAUCCCCCAAAUUCUUGAUCGGCUUGCCAUUGCUGCUCCAGAGCGUGUCAUAUAUUCUAUUGCUUCAUUUCCCAAUGACCAACCAAGUUUUCGAGACAUAACUGCACGUGAAUUCACAAAGGCUGUUGAUAAGACAGCUUGGUGGCUACAAAGCCAGCUUCACUCAACGAAUGGAAGCUCCAAUGGAGAUGCGAUCUUAUCAUCAAAGGUCCAAGCUCUGGGCUACAUCGGACCUCAUGAUAUUCGUCAUGUUCUCUUAACGUAUGGUGCCGUCAAGGCUGGCUGUGCAGCCCUAUUUCUUUCACCUAAGAACAAUGUUACUGGUGCCCUAGCCGUACUCAAUGCUGCAGACUGCGGCAUCUGGGUUAAGCCAAAAGAGCAGCCAAUGAUUCCUCUUCUAGAGGGGAUUCUACAGGAGAAGUAUUUGAAGAUUCUUGAGCUCCCCAGCAUAGAUGAGCUUCUCGAUGCUGAGUCUGUGGAACCUUUUCCCUUUGACAAAACAUUCGGAACCUCCAAGAACGAGCCCUUCUGUAUUCUUCACACAUCAGGGACGACUGGCGUUCCAAAGCCUAUUUUUUGGACUCAUGCUCUGAUCGGAACCAUGGAUGCUGUCCGUUUACUUCCACCCACUGAAGGUGACGGCGGACUGGCUCCGUGGAUGGAUAACUGGAAUCCUGGAGAUAGGAUAUACUCUUCUUUCCCCAUGAGCCAUGGCGCUGGUGUGCUCAUGGAUAUUGUGAUACCCGCGCUGUGCAAUCUGCAUUGUAUUCUCGGACCUGCAGGUGUUUUACCCAAUCUCGGGUUGCUCGAACUGCUCGCCGACCAUGCCAAGAUAGAUAUCUGGAGCAUGGUACCGUCACUUGCAGACGAGCUGGGCGAGCACCCUGACGUCUUGGCCAAGUUCAAACCUUCAAAGUUCAUCUGCGCCUCAGGUGGCCCUGUCAGUCCACUUAUCGUAUCAAAGGUCAAUAAAGUGGUCAGAGUUCUGAAUUUGACUGGAACGACUGAAGGUCUGUUCAUCGGCAACCUAUGGGUACCUAGAGAAGACUGGCAUUGGUUUGCCUUUCAUCCUUACUCGGGGUUUGAGUUCAAAGAAGUUCAGCCUGGCAUCUUUGAACAUUGGGUGCACAGGAACGAACACUGGGAGCUCUUUCAAGGCAUCUUUCAUACGUUUCCUAAUCUUGAUUCUGUCAACCUCAAAGACUUAUAUGUCAGGCAUCCAACCAAUCCGAAUCUCUGGGCUUUUACAGGACGAAGCGAUGAUGUUGUCGUUCUUAGUAAUGGCUACAAGAUAUCGCCCCUAGAUACAGAAGCAUUGAUCACUACACAUCCUGCAAUUGACGGUUGUCUGUUGAUUGGGUCCGGAAAGCCUCAAGCCGGCUUACUCAUCGAGCUCAAGAAUCCUUCCGAGAGAAAUAACGAGCUCUUUGACAGUAUUUGGGCAAUGGUUGAGAGGGCGAACAAUUCCACCUUCCAAAAGACACGUAUUCAGAGGGAAUAUAUUGCCUUUGCCGAGGCCGAUAAACCCUUCAUACGUACUGACAAGAGGACUAUCAAGCGUCAUGUGACAUUGGAACUUUAUUCCGAUUUCAUCGAACGAUUCUAUGACUCAAGAAACGAGGAAGUUGAGGAUGAAGACUUCGAUCAAUUCACAAUUGAUACAACAUCGAGCGAAACUCUUCUAGACUCUGUCGCCAAGAUCAUGAGAUCAGUCUUGCCUGACGUCGAGGACGUUUCUCCCGAUGAGGACGUGUUUGAUCUGGGACUAGAUUCUCUUCUGGUUGUUCGAGUCAUCAGAAUCAUCCGCGCUGUCACAGGCCUAGAAGAGCAACUUGCUCCUCGGCACCUCUACGCUUAUCCAACUUUGGAUGAGUUUUCAUCGCAGCUUGCAAGGAUUCUGGAGCAAGAAAAAGCCAAGUCCGCCGUGGCUGAAUACACCAACAGUGAAGGGUUAAAUAGCAAACCACGGACUCCUCUAGGCACUGAUUCGACCAAUCUCGAAAAUCUCAUCGCUGAGCGGAGGCGGCGACUCGGGUCUAAAAUGAACCCUUUUGAUGCUGUGAACCCCAAUCAUUACAUGGGUCUCAACUUUUACUUUGCUCUGAGGCCGGGCGUCAGCUUUGAGGAAGCCUUUGUUAAAUUGCAGAGGGGUCUGGCGAAGGCUUUUGAGAUUAUUCCAGAGCUGGACGGCAGGAUGAUGCUGGCUUCAGAGCACGAAUUCGGCUAUAAAAAGGGAGAAUACCGUAUUACAAUUCCUCCUGAGCCACUUCCUGUGUCUGCAAAGCCCAGGCAACUCGUUUACAAGGACUUGUCUCAGGUGCUCCCGUCAUUCCAGAAGAUGCGUGAAGCUGGGUUCUCACCGUCUUUGUUUAACGAUGAACUCGUCCUAGACUGCCAUCCAUUUCCUCCGAUGCCAGCUGAUAUCUUGUUUGCUCAAGCCAAUUUUGUUGAGGGCGGGUGUAUCCUGGCAACCAACUUCAUUCACACUUGUCUUGAUGCUGUGGGUGUCAUGAUGGCUCUGAGAGUCUGGGCUGAAUGCUGCAGAUAUCUUGAUGGGGAUCAUACAUCAACUUGCGAUUGGUUUGACCCCGAAAGCUUCAACCAUGAUCUUCCGGAGAUCAUCUGGGAACGAGCAGGAUAUGCGAAGCCUGUUCAUGAAGUAGACCCGGGCACAUGGGGUUAUCUGCCGUUCCCAGAGAAGAUCGCACAGACAACACUUCAAAACGACCUCAAUAACGGAGAGGUAGAUGCUACUCGGCAGAAUGGCAUAACGAAGAGUGUUCUCCCCCCAGCGCCUCAAUUCGCGGGUAGCCCUGUUUGGCCAGCUGCCCCAAGCGAACGAUCGCUAAACACGACCGUUUUUCUGCUUUCUGGCGAGAGUAUUCACAAACUCAAGCAGGAAGCCUUGUCAGAUGCAGAUGCGAAGAAUCGAUCCACAUCAAUUAUCGAUGUUGUACAAGCAUUCUUUUGGCGAGCUUCUAUACGAUCUCGCUACAGGGUGGCCAAAGAACAUGGCAAUCAAGAAUUCAAGGCUGACGACAUGUCAAUCCUGGAAAUGCCAAUUGACGGAAGGCCCUACUUCUCGUCUCAAUUGCCAUCUUCUUAUAUGGGCAGCUUGCUCAUAAUGAACAGACCGAGCAUGCCAAUCGAAACGCUCUGCUCAUCUGACACCAGCGUCGCACAGAUUGCAGGUCUCAUUCGAGAAGCAGCUGCCCGUAUCACACCUUCUCUGGUCCAUGACACGUUUACUCUUCUACGCUCAAUGACAGAUUACAGCAAGCCUGCGACGGCAAACAUGGGUCUCGAGCAUAUGCAUGCCAUGAUCUCCAACAUGAUGCUAUUCCAGACAAGUGAUAUUUCAUUUGGUGACUCGUUUUUUGCUGGCGGUAGUCCGGAGGCGAUGCGUCCUCAGAUCGAACGUGGCCACAGACGGUUCAGGUUCUUGGUCAUAUCUCCAAUGAGAAAGGAUGGUGGCGUGGAGUUGGUCAUGGGUACGUUGCCUGAAGAGUUGAAGAUGCUCAUGAGCGAUUCGGAAUUUACCAAGUAUGCGACACUCUUGGAUUACAAAAAGGCAUGA